UACGGUGCGUUUCACGAGCAAAGCACAAGAACAAACAAACGCAAGUUUCCAGUUGAAGGGGUUCGAUCGAAAAUCACUCGCGCUAGGGUUUGUUCUCUCGGAAGCCAUGGGAGGUGAGGAGAAGCGCCACCAAAUGAUGCAGAACCUCUUCGGCGACCAAUCCGAGGAGGAGGAAGAGCUCGACGUCGAUUCCGAGCACGAAUCGAACCCCCAACUCAAUUACCCCUCCGACGAGGGAGAGGGAAUGGGAGAGCAAGAGGGAGAGGGCGAGGUGGAGGGCCAGGGGGAGGUGGAAAUCGAGAGCGAUGGAGACGGAGAAGGAGAACAUGAUCGCGAAAGCGAGGGCGAGAGGGAGCAGAGCUCGCAGGAGGUGGAAGUUGGAGAGAGAGAGGAUAGUGAGGGAAGAGAUUCUGAUAGUGAUGCCAAAGAUGACGGCUAUAGCCAGCGUGGCGUCACGAGUAAGCGCCGCGAUGACGUCGUUGAGAGCGGAUCUGAAAGGUCGGAGGAGAAUCAUUACGAUCAGCACGACGAUGAGGAGGAAGAAGUCGACGAAGCUAGAAGCCCCAGUGUGUCGCCCAGAGAUGAAAAAGAAGAUGAGACUCGUGACUUGCAUUCGGCCCCUGAAAUUCGUGAUGUAUUUGGUGAUUUUGAUGAUGAUGAAGAAGAGGAAAUGGGGUAUGCUGUUCAGCAGGACAUCGAACAAGAUUCAAAUAGAUAUCCUGUGGAGGAGGAAGGAAGUUACGGAAAGAACCUGAGACCAGAAGAUAUACUUGCUGAUGAAGAUCAUCAGUAUGAAUCAGAGGAGGAAAACUUUGAGAUAAAAACAAAAGAGAAGCCACUUGGCCCCCCUUUAGAAUUGGAAGUUCCAUUACGACCUCCUCCAGCUCUUCCAGACAAGAUGAACAUGAUUAAAGUUUCCAAUAUUAUGGGUGUUGACCCAAAACCAUUUGAUCCUAAAACAUAUGUGGAAGAGGAUACUUUUGUAACUGAUGAAUCUGGAGCCAGAAAGCGCAUACGGUUGGAGAAUAAUAUUGUGCGUUGGAGGACUGCUAGAAAUCCUGAUGGCACAGCAUCUUAUGAAAGCAAUGCCCGCUUUGUGAGAUGGUCCGAUGGCAGCCUGCAGCUUUUAAUUGGGAAUGAAGUUCUUGACAUAUCAGUGCAAGAUGCACAGCAUGAUCAAGCUCAUCUUUUCCUUAGACACGGAAAGGGAAUCCUUCAAUCACAAGGAAGGUUAUUGAGGAAAAUGAGGUUUAUGCCAUCUUCCUUGUCUUCAAAUUCUCAUCGGCUGUUGACUGCCCUUGUUGACUCAAGGCAUAAGAAGGUUUACAAGGUUAAAAACUGCAUUACUGACAUUGAUCCUGAGAGGGAAAAAGAGGAAAAAGAGAAGGCUGAAAGUCAAAAUAUUUGGGCUAAUGUGCUUCUUAACCGAAAGCGUGAGAAGGUGAGCCGGAAGUAUACUCCUGCUGUGGAUAGGAGGCGGCAACUUUCUCCUGGGUUUUUAGAGGAUGCAUUGGAUGAGGAGGAUGAAGCAGAUUACUAUGAUUCUCGUCGUACUCAGCGCCGCUUUGAGGAUGAUUUGGAAGUGGAAGCCCGAGCAGAGAAACGAAUUAUGAAUGCUAAAAAGUCACAGGGACCUAGAGACAUCCCUCGCAAGUCUUCUUUCCCACCUGCUAAAUCCUCUCGAAAUCCAGUGGGUUACCAGGAUGAUGAGAGAGAAGAGUCUGAGUAUGAAACCGAGGAAGAGGAAAAUGAGAGGCCACCUCCACGCAAGAGGGAUGAGGAUACUGAACCAGAGUAUGAGGACGAUGAAGAAGAGGAAGAUCACUAUGAAGAGGCAGAACAAGUUAAUGAUGCCUCAGAUGAGGAGGAAGAGGAGGAACCAAAGCAAAAGAGUAAGGAGUUUAGAGGCAGUGGCAAGAGGAAGGGAUUUGAAUCAGAUGAGGAGUCUCCUCCAAGGAAAACAACCACCCAUCGACGGAUGGCAGUUGUGUAUGAUAGUGAUGAGGAAUGAACUUCCUUAUGCCAGAUUUUCGCGUGAUGUUCCAGCGAAGGGUGUGCGUAAGAACUGCAGCUUUCGGAUGCAUCAGAGGCUGAGAUGACUCAAUAUUUUUCCUUAUAUACAUAAAGCAGAGGCUGAUAUAUUGAUGUAGUACUUAGUCUCAGUCUCUCAGGUAACGCAAUAUAUGUUGAUUCUCUUGAUAAUGGUUUUAAAAAAGAUCAGUGUAAAUAAGUUUGUUCUCUGUAUUUUCCGUUCGCAAACCUUUCGCCCUAGGGAAGGUAAUGGAAACGGGAGGCACCUUCCCUUCUUACUUUCUCAUAGAACGCUGACAUUAGUUUGCGACUUUA